CAUAUGACAAAUUUUAUGUAAAAAUGAUUAAUCAUCUGUUACUGAUAAAAUUUUAUUAGUUAUCAAGAAAUCGUUAUCGAGACAGUAAUAGUGAUGGAAUGCAUAACAACUUCAUGGUAAAAUAAAUCCAAAAAACAGAUUUCCAAUUCGUGCCACUAACUCUUCUUCUGCAUUAACACGUCUCAUAAAUCAGUGAUUUAAUAUGACCCAAAUAAAAAAGUUAACUAGAGUCAUAUCUGGUGAAUGUGCAGACCAAGAAAUCGGACCACCUCAUCUGAUCCAUCUGUUUGGAAAUUGUGCAUUUAGACAGUUUUGGCAAUUUAAUCCAAAGUGUGUUGGUUUUCUUUCCCAAGAGAAUCAUGGCAACUUUCAACUCAAAACUGAUUUCAAAGCAAACAUAAUAAUACACCAGCCAGGAACACUCAAAAUAAUUGAAAAGGAGAUUAUGCCCCAUGACACCCCAGAGCAACUUAAACACGGGUAUAACGCUGACCAUCUACACUGAUGGACCAAAGAAGGCUACGAAGCGGGAAUUUUCUCGCACAAUCUCCAGCUGCAGCUUUCCACUUCGCUAAGGUCGUACUGCACGACUGCUCAGGCCGAAAUAACUGCAAUAUAUAUAGCAGCCAAUGUGAUCAUCGACUCCAAAAAAGUUGGCAGAAACAUUGUAAUCUGCACAGAUAGCAGACAGGCUAUGCUGGCGGUUAGUAGGUAUCGAACUACACCCACGAUAGGCGUGGGUGCGUACAGUAUUAUUAUCAAUUUUUAUAAAAACCAUAUUAAGAGUUCUAUUUAUUAUUAACAACCACUAAAAAAUGGGUUUACUGUAUGUUCGUACACUACCAGGUGCUUUAAAAUGCUUACAAUUGUUAUUCAAUUUGAUUGCUUUCAUUUGUAUAGCAGCAACGGGAGUUUCAGCGAGAGGUGAUGCCUUUUUGGUCGCUUCAAUUGGUGCUUUCAUAAUAACCUUACUACUUUUAUUAAUAAGAAUCAUGGAUUUAGAUACAACAAUGAAUUUACCUUGGAUGAAAAUCGAAUUUGGUUAUUGCGUGAUUUGGUCGAUAUUCUAUCACAUAACAGCAACUAAAGUCAUAGAUACUUAUGUGGAUGGUUAUAUUGCUGGAGGAGUUUUUGGGUUAUUAGCAAUGAUUUUAUACAUCAUCGAUGCUAUAGAUAAAUUUAGAACUGGAUUGUAGUAUUAAUCAAAAGUAUUUAUUCUUUUAUAUUAUGUUGUUAUACGUUUCAUUUCUAGACUUGUUUGAUAUUACAAUUAAAAAAAAAACGUAUCUACGACUGCUUGGAUAAGUCAUCAUUUCCACACUCAUUUGAGGUGA